AUGAAUAAGCUUAAAAAAUCAGACGCUCAGUCCAAAACCACUAACACCAACAGUUCAAGUAACCUUAACAAAACCUUAAUUACAAAUAACUCAAAACCUAACACAAGCAACAAAUACAACUCUACAGCUCAAACUGCCAAUAAUAGAAGCAGCCCUCUUAUACCUCUACUAAUACAAACACUACCAAAACCAGUUGUAACGUCAGCAGCUACACACACCGAGCCGCCGUUUAUCAAUAUUAAACCGACCACUACUUCUCCACUAGCCUCUGCACCCAGCAACAAAACCGUCUACCGUAACACCACCAAUACUAAUUCUACACAAUCAAAUGAUAGAAAUGAUUCCGGCAACUACCAAAUAGUUCAACAUGGUCAUAAUUCAUACACAAAUAAAUCUAUUAACUACGCCACCAUCACAACUCACGAGAAUACCCCUAAAAUAGAGCAAGCAAUCGUUUUUAAUAUCAUCGAGAAUGUUCCUAAAAAAGAGUACAUAUUAGCUAUAGGAAAAUUGGUAGACCCCAGUAAGAUAAUUUUUGUAUCGAGAAUAACCAAUAAUCGCUUUUGUAUUUUCCUAUCUAGUCUAGCAGUUAUAGACAAACUUUUGGAAACCACUAAGACUAUAAAAUGCAAAGCUUUCGGACAUACGAGUACGUCCUAUCCAUGCAAAAAAAACAACGUUAAGCAAAUUGAAAAUACUCAAACAAUCUUAAAUCAAAAUAUAACACCUGAAAAAGAGACGGAAGACGAAGACUACUCUGAGAUGCUGGAAAACACUGAACCUCCCAAAAUACUUUUAAUAGAUGAACUUGAUAUCACCCGAACUAUGGACUGGAAUGAAAGCACAUCUGAAAAUUUACCCAUAACAUCCGUAACAGAUAACUCACUCAGAAACGAACCACGAAAAAACCAAUCAAACGCUACAAGUAUCAAUAUCCAUAUUGAAACACCAACAACUGAGAAACACAAAAGACCACUAUCCGAUAGUUCUUCCCUGAAAUCUGCUACCGCACAAUCUCCCCCUAAUGCCAGUAAAAGUCAACCUAAGGAAAAACCAAAACUACAUACUAGCUCAAACUCUUCUUCUAUAAAAGAUGAAAGUAGAUUAAAUGAAAUGCUUCAACCAACUGAAGACAUAUUUUCCAGCGAUCAUUGCUCUAUAACCUUAGAACAGUUUAAAUAUGUCCUAGAUCAAAUUUUUUAA